UUAUCAUAAUGUAUAUGUAUUACAUUCAUUAAUUAAAAUAUUGCAUACACCGUUUGAUUGAUAUGCACAUUGCACAUGUUAGCAUGGAUUUAAUGAUCUUUUGUUUAUAAAAAUAAGGUACGUAAUUUGUUUUUUAAGCGGGGAAUAUCAUUAUUUACAGGCACUAGGAAAACAUUGAGGCAUGGCUAAGGAGAAUCUCCAGGUGCUAAAUGCACUAGAUGUAGCGAAAACACAAUGGUACCAUUUCACAGCAAUUGUCAUAGCUGGAAUGGGCUUCUUCACCGAUGCAUACGAUCUAUUCUGCAUAUCCCUUGUCACAAAGCUACUCGGUCGCAUUUACUACCAUGUCGAUGGAGCUGAAAAGCCAGGAUCGUUGCCACCAAACGUUGCAGCAGCAGUUAAUGGCGUUGCUUUUGUUGGGACACUUUCUGGACAACUCUUCUUCGGCUGGCUCGGUGACAAACUAGGCCGUAAAAAAGUCUAUGGCAUGACUCUAGCUGUUAUGGUUGUUUGUUCCAUAGGUUCUGGUCUUUCAUUUGGACAUGAACCAAAAACAGUGUUGGGAACUCUUUGCUUCUUCAGAUUCUGGCUUGGUUUCGGUAUUGGUGGAGAUUAUCCACUUUCUGCAACAAUUAUGUCUGAAUACUCGAACAAAAAGACACGUGGUGCGUUUAUAGCUGCAGUUUUUGCUAUGCAGGGUUUUGGAAUUUUAGCAGGUGGUGUAUUUGCUAUCAUUGUUUCAAUUGCAUUUAAAUCGAAAUUCGAUGCACCGGCUUACAUGAUUGAUCCUUUGGGUUCAACUGUUCCGCAAGCCGAUUAUGUUUGGAGGAUAAUCUUAAUGUUUGGAGCAAUUCCAGCUGCAAUGACUUAUUAUUCAAGAUCUAAGAUGCCUGAAACUGCGCGUUACACCGCACUUGUUGCAAAGAAUAUGGAACAAGCUGCAGCAGAUAUGUCUAAGGUUAUGAACAUGGAUAUUCAAGCUGAAACUAAAAAUGUUGCGGCUGAAGAGAAGAAACAAUUUGGGCUUUUUUCGAAAGAGUUUAUGUCGCGUCACGGUUUGCAUCUGCUUGGAACAGCAUCCACAUGGUUUUUGCUUGAUAUUGCAUUUUACAGUCAGAAUCUUUUCCAAAAGGAUAUCUUCAGUGCAAUUGGUUGGAUUCCGUCUGCAAAGACGAUGAAUGCACUUGAAGAGGUUUAUAAAAUUGCGAGGGCGCAAACACUUAUUGCAUUAUGCAGUACAGUUCCUGGUUACUGGUUCACAGUUGCAUUCAUUGAUAGAAUUGGAAGGUUCACUAUUCAGUUAAUGGGAUUUUUCUUUAUGACAGUUUUUAUGUUUGCACUUGCUAUUCCUUAUGAUCACUGGACACAUAAAGAGAACAGAAUCGGAUUUGUUGUACUUUAUUCCUUAACUUUCUUCUUCGCGAAUUUCGGACCUAAUGCAACCACUUUCGUUGUGCCUGCCGAGAUUUUCCCGGCUAGGUUUAGAUCAACUUGUCACGGAAUAUCCUCCGCGACGGGGAAACUUGGAGCGAUGGUCGGCGCGUUCGGGUUUUUAUAUUUGGCACAGAAUCAAGAUCCCAAGAAAGCUGAUGCAGGGUACCCUGCUGGUAUUGGUGUGAGAAACUCAUUGAUUUUGUUAGGUGUUGUUAACAUUUUGGGAUUCUGUUUUACUUUCUUGGUGCCUGAGACAAAGGGAAAAUCUCUUGAGGAAAUGUCUGGUGAGGACAUUGAUGAAAUUGUUGUAGUUACAGAAUAGACUUUUAAAGUGUAGUUGGGGAUGAUGCACUUUAGAAAAUAAUAAAAAUAGCAAUUGGCAUUUUUACUGUUUCCUUAAAUUUAAGACAAUU